AAUGAAAUAUUUUUUUGUUCUCUUAGCAAUCGUUUCAGCCUUUGACUAUGAUCCAGCUUUAGCUAACCAACUAACUGCAUAUUCAUUUGCUGCUUAUUGUAAUCCAGAAAAUAUUUUAAGUUGGAAUGUUGGCACUAUAAGCCAAUAAUAUCCUCACUUAAGCAAAAUAUAAAUAUUCGAGAACAUUGAGCUAGUAUUAUAUUUUAAUGAUUUUUAGGAAACAAGAGGUUUUAUAGCUUAUAAUUCACAUAACUAGGCUAUUACUGUAGUUUUCAGAGGAUCCUCUAAUACAAAGAAUUUUAUUGCUGAUAUAGAUGCCAAGAAAAUUGAAUUCAAUACCAUAUGCAAAUGUUAGGUUCAUGAAGGAUUCUUUGCAGCUUAUACAUCCCUUAAAAUUCAUUUAGAUGUGUUACUUGGAGAAUAUAGGAUGAAAUAUCCAUAUGCUAAAUAUCAUGUUACAGGACAUUCAUUAGGAGGAGCAAUGGCAACAUUAUUUGCAAGUGAAAUAUCUAUGAUUGGAAUUAAAGUAACACUUGUUACUGUUGGUUCUCCAAGAGUUGGUGAUUCUGAUUUUUAUGAUUGGUUUUCAACUUUAAAGGUUACACAUUCAAGAUUGACAAAUAAAAAAGAUGUAGCUCCUCAUUUACCACCUGUUAGAUUUGAAUUUGAACAUGUUAAUAAUGAAAUAUGGUAUAAAGAUGGAGUAAAUUAUGUGAUUUGUUAAGAAAUAAAGGGAGAAGAUCCAAAAUGUUCAGCAUCUGUUUUGAAUCCAAAUUUAACAGAUCAUUUAACCUAUCUAGGAUGGUCUAGUAAUUCUUGUGAUGCUUAAAUGACAGAAUGAU